AUGUUUAUUUUGCGGAUGAUAUACUUCGUUCUUUUCAUAUGUAACCAACAACGAAAGUAUGUUUCGGAAGCUCCGUAUUUGUUAUAUUCGUUAAAAGAAGAACUGGAAAUGGCAUCCGAGCAAACAAGUGAAAAGCAUAUAAGGAAUGACUCAAGAUGCCCGAAAGAAGUUAUUCAUUACUGCUCCACGGGUGAAAUCCUUUCAGACUUUCGCAUUGAGCCAGUUGCAGUAAAAACUAAAUCGAACGCUUUGAAUGCACUACAACUGAUGCCUACACCACCCGAACUCACCAAUCAACGCACUCAUAUUAGACGUAAUAUCGUCAUUUCAGUGACUUGUGAAACUUUGAAGAAUCAGUUACGAGAACGAAUUAGAAGACUAGGUGUUUACGAAUAUAAACGUUGUGUGAAUCAACAUACAAAAGUAUUGGUUGUUGAUAACGACACCAGGAUAACAUCGAACCAUUUGAAAGCAAUCUUAAUUGGCGUACGAAUCGUUGGUGAAGAAUGGGUGUAUAAAUCAUGGGAAAAGGGUUGUUGGUUAAAUCCGACGAAUACUUAUUGCAUUCCGAAGUGGUAUAGAAUGUAUAAACGUUGCAAGGGUCGUGGGAUGAAGAAUUUAUUUGCUGGUUCAGAGUUGUUUUUCGUUUCAACAGGAUGUUCUCUACCUUAUGAGACGAUAACAUUUCUCAUCUCUUACGGUGGUGGCAAGUUGACGAAACGAAUCUGUGAAGCUGAUGUUGUAAUAAGUGGUUGUAAGCAUCGCUCAAAUAUCAUCAAAUUCAUGUCAAAAACAAAGCCUGUACGAGUAGUGGUUGUUCAGUGGGUCAUUGAUAGUAUUCUGAAAGGUUCAAGAAGACCUUUCGCCGAAUAUGAGCAUGAGCUUACGCAACACUUUUCAACGGCAUUCGUUUCAAAACUUGAAGUGUACGAUUCUGAAAUCGCUUAUGAAGAUGACGAUCGUAACACAUCAUCUGAAAGUUCGUUCACUGAGUUCGGCACGCCAAAAUGUGAUAAUCUCAAAGUAGAAACGAUAUCUAUUAGUGGUACACCAAUGAAACUAAAUGAAAACGAGUGCUAUGUCUAUACGCCUUCAAACGUAAACCAGUCAACGUCAAAUACUUCUGACCUGUAA